AUUUGCUCGCACUUGUCGUAGUAGUUAUUUUUACGAAUUUUAUUUAAAGUCAAUUUUAUUAAAUUGUAUUGAUUAAAAAACGCAAGAGAGAACGAAAAAAGAAUUUUCAAUUAAUGAAAUACACACUUCAUUUACACCCAUUAUUAUGCACAAGAAUGUGUACAAGAAAUUCAAAAGUUAAUUAAAGUGUAAUCAAGGCAAAUCAAAGUUUUAAGAAUACAUAGGUACAUAUUGAAGAAACAUAUAACAGAAAAAAAUUAAGUAAAUUAUUAAAAAAAAAAAAUUGUGAAAAUAUAUUUUGCCAACUUUUUGUCACAGACUUUAUCUAGUGAUAUGUGUUUUAAACAAAUCAAAUAAACAACUCCAAUUAUAAAACAUUUGCUCAUAGUAAUAUAAUAAUAUUCUGAUAAGAUAUCAAUAUUUUGUAUUGACCAUUUUUUGUUUAUUUGCUAAUACCUAAUAAAAUAAGAACUUAUUCUCGAUUUAAAAGAAAAUUUUAUAUUUAUAACGUUUCUUUAAUGAUGAAUGGUUCGAACAUAAAUAACGGUGAACGAAUACAACAACCGUCCACUUCCGGUUCAACAACAAUUGUGAAGUACGAAAAAUCUUCUUGUUUAUUUUGUAAUGAAUGGUUUGAUUCACAAACAUUUACGGAACAUCUAAUACACUGUGGUCAGGUUUUGGAACAAUGUCCUAAUACUUGCAAUGUAUUUGUGCCACGCAUACGUAUGCGAGCCCAUCUCAAAGAAUGUCCUCGAAUGUCCAAACGUAGAAGUGCCAGUUUGGAGAGAAUAGAUCAACAGGUCGAUCAUCGAGUACAGGUGGUGGAGAAUGAAAUAAACACUUUGAGAUCGGUGCUUAACGAAGAGAUACGCCAGCGUUUGCAUUUGAUCACAGAUGUCGGAAACUUACGAAAACAAAAUCAAAUACAUGAUGAAUGGACUCAUGCUACAGAGGAGAAUAUUAAAUCCCUACAGAAGCGUUUGCAAGAGGAAAACACUCAGCGCUGUUUUGAAGUCGAGCAGUGUCAACAGGAUUUUCGUUAUUGUUAUGACAUCACACAGGCCUUAAAAACCGAAAUUCAAAAUGAGAUAGAUGAUCUGGAAAAACACAUAAAUCAAAUGUCUUUGGAAGUAACACAACAUCAAAAUCUUUUAAAUGACAAUAUAAUGAAAUUGGAGGAAACAGUGGUGCAGAAUGAAAAAAAUAAUAGAGAUAAAUUUAUAGAAAUUGAAAAAUUUCUACAAGAAAUCAAUGUGGACUUAAAUACAAAGUUAGCUCCUAAUGAUGGUAAUGCUGCCAAAAAUGCUGCCCUAGAUUUAGAGGUGAAAAGUAUGAAACAUAUUGUUUGUGAAACAGAGGAACGUUGUGAUAAAUUGGAGAAAUUAUUGGUUAAAACUGAUCGUGAUUUACAUCAUACAAUGCAGCUGGUAUCCGAUUUGGAAAAUCAUAUUGCCACCCAGCAACGUUUGACUAGUUAUAUUAAUUCAAGAGGUCACUUAAUAUGGCGUAUAAAAGAUUUCUCCAAAAAACUGGAAGAAGCUAAGCAGUAUGAUACCAUCCUACACAGUGCCAUGUUCUCCAAUAAACCAUUUGGUUAUUCUUUAAGACUUGAUAUUUAUCUAAAUGGCAAGGGCACUUGGAAGGGACGUAAUAUGAUCGCAUGUUUAAAUGUUAUAGCCGGAGAAUAUGAUCCUCUACUCUCGUGGCCCUGUCGCCUACAGGCUGAGGUAAUAAUACGUGAUCAAACUUAUAAUCAAGGAGAAACAGAGGAUUAUAUUAAAAUAGUGAAUGUACGCAAGAAAAGUGAUGAUUAUAUACAAACUAAACAAUUUUUCCAUAUACCCCACAGUGUAUUGUCUCAACGUAAUUAUGUUAAGAACGAUAGUAUUUUUGUGGAAGUGAAAAUUUUGAAAAAUUGAGAAAAUUUUCAAUGAUUUUAUUAUAUAGUAAGUUAUUAACUUGCAGUUCCUCGAUUUGGAAAAUGGGACUUUCGAAAGUGUUUUCUUUUCUUUCGUUUUGUUUGAACUGAAAUGUUUCCAAAUCAAAUUUCUUUUGACAUCGAGGUCUUGUAAAUCAGUUUAUAAAGCAAUUUCCUAAGUACAGUUUAAGUUUAUUUAUAGGUGUUAAAAUUAUGAUUAAAAUUACAAAAUACUUUUAAAUUUAUAUUUUUAAUAUUUUUACUUUAUUUAUAUAAAUGUUUAGGAAUAAU